AUGGUUGUUAGAUGGAGGGAUGCAGAGCUUAUGUUUAGAGGAAGGAGGCUGAGGUUUGAGGAGAAGAUCAUCGGAGCAGGAAGAGUCAAGAGAUGGGUUGUUGUUUGCACCCAAUCGAGGAUUUGCUUCUACGGGGACGAGGACAUGACGCUGACGCGGCCAAUAAAAGCUGCGGUUGUGAAGAAUGAAGGGGUCUAUUACCACAACAAAGAAAACAACCAUGUUAUGCUUGUUUCGAAUCCCUUUGAGCCCGAGGAAUUUGUGUUUUUCCACCGUGGGUUCGUUCUCAGGGAGGUUGUAUCGGGGGAGAUGGUUUUAGAGAGGACUGGGGGAUACCUACUCAGGAAUGUUGGAAGGGGGAGGGCGUUGACGCAAGGCAUGACAGGAUCUUCGUGUUCGGACAAGGACGACGAUAACUUUGACGAGAUCAACAGAACAAGAGUUCUGACUGUCUGCAAGGUGGAGGAAGGCAUGAGAUGUCUUGUUGAAGAUUAUGAAGAGGAGGAGAGGCACGAAUGUGGCAUGAAUGUAGAGAUUGUCGACUAUGACGGCUUCAUGGUAGGGAUCCACGGAAACGCAGCAUCGUUUGUCAGACUAGGGAGCAGUAAAGGAGGGGUGAAGAGAAGCAAGCUUCUGUCGGAGGUGAAUAUAAAGCUUGAGAAGGAGGUUGAGUGCCUUGUAAAGUACAAGAUGAGGAUUUCAAGGGGCAAGUGUCUUGAGUUUUUGAGGAUUAAUGACAUGCUGUUUCUCGGAAACGAGGUUGUGUGUCCUUCAAUUGAAGAGAGUCUCUGGCCAGGGUCAAGGGUUUCGAGGGCAUGGAUGUGUGACUACAGCCGGCCCUUUUGGAUGGGGAUGAGCGAGGUGGAGAAGAAUCUGCUUUCGUGCUACCCGAGGGCCAUGCAAAAGGUGUUUAUGGGGAUGUUUCUUCGAAGCAAGGAGAAGCGGUUUGACGUGCUGGAGCCCACGAGGGAAGUUGUGGAUAGGAUUAACAGGACUUUAGAAGAGUGGCUGGCCAGAUGCAGAAGUGUCUGGGAGUUUUUGAGUCUGGAGAUUCCACAGAUAGAGGGCCUGAGGACUGUGGAGAGGUGCAGGGAGCUGGUUAGCUAUACCUAUCCCUUUCUAACGGGGAUUAAUGAUGUGAUGAAAGUGAAGUACAGAAGAAUCAUGAGAUGUAACCUCGAUGCCAUUGGGAACCUGAAGUAUCCUGACAUCAUGAAUCUUGGGUACAGAGUGAUUUACAUGGAGACGAAGAAGAAUGAGGUACUCAGAAGCACAAGGCCUGUGCGGUCCAUUAGAAGGCUGUGCAAAAUCACUGAGCGGCACUUUGGAGACCCGCGGAUGGAAGAGGUGUUUUCUCUGUUUGACGAGAGUCCAAGAGUAUUUGAGAUUGACGAGUAUGAUCUGGAAAACAAGAAGGAAAAAGGAUAUGUCUUGAGGAUGGCGUCAAACAUAGGGAGGGCAUAUUUGUUCUACGGCUCUGGAGUGUCUAAGGACAGAUAUGGGUCCAAGCAGCUGAAGUUCCCCAUCCACAAGAACGGGGAGCUGAGCGAGAUCGAGAUCAAGGAGAAUGGCUGGACUGACUGGCCUAUAUUCAACCACUCCGUCUUCAGAGGCUGUGGGUUGAGCCCCUACGAUGAGAUGUCACAUGACUUUAUAGAAUCAAGAAUCCUUGAUUUCAUAUCCACAGGAGCGGGGAGUGAAUUUGAAGUAGCUGGAAAAGUAUUUUCAUUUGGGCUCCAGGGCCGUCUUCUUGGCCUUCAUCCGCAGAAACUUGCACAGCUUGUCUCCCCAAAGCAUCCUGUGAUAUCCAUGGCGCUGCUUGCAGGCAUGGGCAUAAGCUACAUUGGCAAGAGGGACGACCCGCUGGGAAGGAUGUAUCUCCACUACCUCAAGUCUGGACAGCCUCUGUACAUCCACGUUGGAUGCAUUGUUGGGCUUGGAAUGCUGUACGCAGGAAGCGGAAACGUCCUUAUCAAGGAUGUGCUGACAGUGGAGGCGAACAGAAAGGGGGUCUUCUGGAACGAGCAGUACAACCGGGGAAACAAGAUAUGGUACGACUACACAUAUAGAGUCAUGGCGUCUUUCUCGAUUUCUAUGCUGUACAUGAAGACGAGCCCCGAGAUGUUCAGGUUUAUAGAGUUGAAAGACUCCCUUUGUGAGCUUCUUACCAACGGCAUUGUUCUUUUUGGAAGCAAACAAACGAGGUUUUUGAACAGGUUCCGGAGAUCAGAUGCAAACAGACCUGAGGAGGUUCUGUACUCGGAGCUCUUUUCGCUCGGGAUAUCAAUGGACGAGCGUCUGAACUCUAUUGUUGAGGACGUAAAGAGGAGAGUUCACAGCGCCGGCCUUUACGAGCUGUAUAGACUAUCUGGGAAGAUACUGUAUGUAGCUGUCUACCUGCUAUACAGGGAAGAGGUGGUGGAUCUUGAGGGAGCCCUUUUCAAAGCCAUUCUAGAGGUAUGCCUUCUUGCAGAAAGGGCAAUGAAGGACAACCACGAGUCUAAGGUGCUGUUUGAUGUGUCUCUUAUGUCUCUUUCGCUGAUAUCAAACUCCUCCUGCAAUAUUGACGUCAUCAGGAUUCUAAGAAGGCAGAUCAAGAUGACGGAGACAGGAAGGUUUCUAUCUGAGCAGACAGACUUCUUCUUUACGUCGAGCAGAUGCAAGCAAGAGACCCAGCUCUCGAUGAGAUACGGCGACAUCGAGAGGUACAAGCUGUGCCUCGGGAUAGUGACCUGCGGGAUGGGGACUCUGAAGAUUUCUACUUCCUUCCACCUAGUUUUGGACAUAGUCUCCACCCUUUUCAUCCACUUCCCGAUUUCCCCGGUGGACCAGGAGUAUUUCAACAUGGUCAGAUACUUUCUUCUCCUUUCGAUGAGGGAGAAUCCAAGCGGCUUCAAAAGCACCAUGAGAUACUUGAGGCAGGGCAACAAAGGAAGCAGGAGGAGACUGAGGGCUGAUAUGUCCAACAUCAACAAGAUCUUCCUGAAGGAGUACUCAGCAGCAUCGGAUGUAGACAAAAAGUUCGUUAUUGAUGUACUGACGGAUUUCUACGAGCAGCACGGCGACAAGGACAAUCUGCUUGACAUAGAAAUGCUGAAGAAUAUAGCUUGCAGGACACCCUGA